UGUCCAUCGCCAUCCAUGUGAGAUCAACCUCGGCUGCUCUUCUCUGGUGACAUCAAAAAUCCUCGAAACCCGUUUAGUCCUCUACUUCUUUCUAGCGACAGCGAUUUGUUGUAUCUGCUCACGAUCGAUCCGUUCAAUUCCUUGCCUUUGCGUCCAAGUUACGGCGGCGAGCUCUUCCAUGUGGCCUUGCCGCCGCUAAGGUUUCUGCCGGCGGAUUUAAAUCAAGUGGGAUUGGUGGCAUUGGCUCUGCGUUAAAGUUCGGAUUUUGAUGUGGGUUUUGAUUUGCCGACUUCCUCUGGGUUUCGAGGGAUAAAGAUGUCGGAUUCGUCAGCUUUGGUCGCUGCCAUCGAGGCGAGGUUUAGCGAUUUAGAGCUGAUCGGGAAGGGUUCCUUCGGAGAUGUUUUCAAAGGUUUUGACAAGGAGCUCAAUAAAGAAGUUGCUAUCAAAGUUAUUGAUCUGGAAGAAGCAGAGGAUGAUAUUGAAGACAUUCAAAAGGAAAUUUCAGUUUUGUCACAGUGCCGCUCUCCAUACAUAACUGACUACUAUGGCUCUUAUCUCCAUCAAACCAAACUUUGGAUAGUUAUGGAGUACAUGGCAGGUGGUUCUGUUGCUGAUUUGCUUCGGACUGGUCCUCCACUGGAUGAAAUGUCAAUUGCAUGCAUUCUGCGAGACCUGCUGCAUGCAAUUGAAUACCUUCAUAGUGAAGGAAAAAUUCACAGAGAUAUUAAAGCUGCAAAUAUUCUGUUGACCGAAAGUGGAGAUGUUAAGGUGGCAGACUUUGGUGUUUCUGCACAGUUAACAAAGACAAUUUCUAGGCGGAAGACUUUUGUUGGAACCCCUUUUUGGAUGGCUCCUGAAGUUAUUCAGAACUUAGAAGGAUAUAAUGAAAAGGCAGAUAUCUGGUCCUUAGGUAUAACUGCUAUAGAAAUUGCUAAAGGAGAACCGCCUUUAGCAGAUAUGCAUCCAAUGAGGGUUCUAUUUAUGAUACCACGGGAAAAUCCUCCUCAGUUGGACGAGCAUUUCUCUCGACCAUUAAAAGAAUUUGUCUCAUUAUGUUUGAAGAAAACUCCUAGUGAGAGGCCAAGUGCUAAGGAACUCCUUAAACAUCGAUUUAUCAGAACUGCUAGAAAAAGUCUCAAGCUUCUCGAAAGAAUAAGAGAACGGCCAAAGUUUUUCCCGAAAGAGAAGAUGGGAACUCAGAAAAAUGGACCCCCUCAAUAUGAUGAAGGAACUGGAACUGUCAAGGCAGUCAGAGAUUCAAGAGAUGAAACAGCACAAGCAAGUCAUGGAAAAGUUUCAAGGAUCCAUGGUGGGGAUUCUGGCAUGGAUGCAUUACAGGGUACAGGAACUGGCACUGUCAAAGCAGUCAGAGAUGAGAAUGCACAACAAAGUCAUUGGAACGUCUCAAAGAGCAUUGACUGGGAUUCACAGCAGGGUAGAGGAACUGUUCGCAGUGCUGUAAAGCCACUCCAGGAUUCCACAGUUAGAGAGAAGAGAUCUGAGGUUCGAUAUGCUUCCCACCUCUCAAGAAAAGCAUUGGAUAAAGAGAAACAAAAGACACCAUCAUCAAUAACUGCGUUUGAUGAACAAAACUCUGAGGAUUUGUACUGUCAGGAUGAAGAACUGAAAGAUAAAAGACAGGAAAUUUCAACUGAAGAUGAUUAUCAACCAUUAGACGGGUCUGGAACGGUCGUGAUCCGAUCUCCAAGAGCAAGUUUAAUACAUUCAGCGAUCAACCGUUUGAGCUCCAAGCCUAUGAGCAGACACGGUUCGUUUGAAGAGGCUUCUAUCAGUGGAACAGUUGUUCUUCGCACUCAACAUGAUGAAACGGACACCUCUCCCGGGUCAAAAUCUAGAUUGGGAAUCCAAGAGAAAACUUCAGCUGCCCCGCCGGAAGAUAGUGCAGCUAACCUUGCAGAGGCAAAGGCUGCAUUGCAAGCAGGUUUAAAAAAAGGUAGUUCUCGGCCGCUAGCCAAAUCUUCCCGGGAUUCUUCUGAGAUCUCUGAUGUUCAAAAACCUUCUUCAAAAUCACGCUACAGUGAUGGUGAUGGAAGUGCCCAGGCUUCUGCUGCAGCUGCUUCUCCUACAUUGUCAUUACUGAUUAUUCCUUCAUUGAAAGAGGCUGCUGGUGAUAGAUCUGAUGGAUCGAUUUCUCGUGGCUCAAUCGAAGCACUCAUGAACUUGGAGCUACAGAAGCCAGGGGUUUCUGAAGCUCUUAUGUGCAGAUUACUUCAGCGACUGGGAAGUUCUAAAGAAACUUCCAUGAAAAAUCUUCAAGAUCUGGCCGGUCGGAUAUUUUCGAGGUACAGCGAGGCCACACAUGACUCGUCGGAGAGCAAAAAGAAACCAAAUGUGCAACCAGCAGACAAUUCGAGUGUUAGCCCGCUCGCGAGGUUCCUCAUUUCAAGGUGGCAAGGCCAAGCUGAGCAUGAUCUUAAUGCAUUUUAGUUACAACACAUAUCUUUGUUUUUUCUUUUAAUUUCAGGUUGUAUUUUGGAUAUUUAAUCAACUCUAGCAGUGUACAUAUCAUAUUGGUGCUUGAUUUAUUACCAAUUUGAUGCUGUAUUUAUGAGCAGAUUUUUUUUUUCUAAUAAAUUUAGCGAAAUAAGUUUUUAUUUUUA